AUGGCGCUUGAACUGGGUCCUGGUGUGCGAUCCGGGUCGCCAGAGAGCUCGGGGCGAGACUCGCCCAUUCCACGGCAAUGGAGGAACCAGCUCGGCGGAGAGGACGCCCCUAUAAAGGACAAGGCGUACCGCAGAUAUGCUGCCGGAGUCGAUAAGGCGUUAUUGCUGUUCGAGACGGCGUUGGAGGAAUGGGCCGACUAUAUAUCCUUCCUCAACAGACUGCUCAAGAGCUUGCAAGCCCGGCCGCCUGCCGUCUCCGUCAUCCCCGCCAAGAUUACCGUCGCGAAACGUCUGUCGCAAUGCUUAAACCCGUCUCUACCGUCAGGUGUACACCAAAAAGCUCUCGAAGUGUAUAAUUACGUAUUUGAAACAAUUGGAAAAGAUGGACUGUCCCGAGAUCUCCCCUUAUAUCUUCCAGGCUUGGCGCCUACCCUCUCUUUUGCGUCCCUCUCUGUUCGCUCGCCAUAUCUCGACAUCCUGGAGCGUCACUUCACAGGUGUUGACUCUAGGUCCUUGAGACCAGCUAUGAAAUCUAUCAUACUGGCAUUGCUACCAGGGCUAGAAGACGAGACCAGCGAAGACUUCGAUCGAACGCUCCGGCUGGUUGGGAGCUUCAAGGAAGCCAUUCGUCCAGCAGACAGCGUCGCCCUUACCGAGCAACAUGCCUCAGGCGACGACUUCUUUUGGCAAUGCUUCUUCUUGGCCUCCGUUACAAGCCACAGCCGCCGUGCUGGUGCUCUUGCUUACUUGAUACGCAAUCUGCCCGUGUUGGGUUCUGAUGCCCCUGCUGGCACGUCUAGUGAGAAGAACGGCCAAAACAAUGCGGAGAGCAGCUUCAAUAGUGACAUUGCUGCCAUCGUUACCACCCCAGAGCCUGGUUUGCUUGUGAGAUGUUUUGCCAGUGGACUCUCUGAUGAACAGCUGUUAAUCCAGCGUGGCUUUCUCGAUUUGCUUGUGUCUCAUCUUCCCCUUAAUUCUAAAGUGCUGCAGUCUCUUGUUAAGCCUGGUGAUCUGGAACUUCUCCUGAAAGCGGCGGUUGGAGUAGUCACCCGACGAGACAUGAGCUUGAACCGUCGACUAUGGGCAUGGCUUCUUGGUCCCGAGCUGACGGGUAACGAAGGAGAACAAAAUCCAGAGUUGCACAGCAGCGCGGCAGACGGCCAACAAGCUUUGCUCUCCUCUCGGACAAGCUACUUCGAACACUUUGGGCUGCAGUCGCUUACAAAAUCUCUUCUCGAAAUGAUCAAGGAUACGACUCACAGGGGAGUCGCCGAACGAACUCGCCCAUAUCGAAUAUGUCUCUCUUUAAUGGACAGAUGGGAGGUUGGUGGACUUGUGAUUCCGGACAUCUUUCUUCCUGUAGUAGAAAGUGUACGGCAAUUUCAAAAACAGAGUCCGGCCAAGGCAGAAUUCACGGAGGUGCUGCGGAGCGCAAGCGUGUUUUUCGAUGGCAUUGAAAGUGGUCUCAUCUAUGGUGAGCUUGUUGAACUCUUGGGUCAAGCUAUUAGACCAGGAAACUUGAGUAGCGAAGAGCGAAGUGAUAAGCUGUCGUUGGUCACUUUCAUCAUCACUCAUUUCAACGUGCGCGAAGAGGAGAUGGUUACAAUUCAUGCCCCCUUGACCUGCCUCGCUGCUUUGGCCCUAUUAGAAGAGGCACGCAAUUCGCAACGUGGCGGCAACUCGUCGUUGAACGAACAAAUCCUCGGCAUCGUUGUUUCACUUCUGGAGUUGGUUCCAGACCGAGCAUUCGUUGAAUCCACCGCAGGCAACGCCGGCGAAAAGGGAGAGUCUGACAGGAUUUCCUCUCUGUCGACCACGGGCUUGCUCAAGGAAAUUCAAGAUUUUUAUAUCCACGGGCAAGGAAAUCUGGACGCUUCACCAACGCCUUUCUCUCAAGUUGAAACCGGCGAGCUGAUUAUGGAUAAGGCAAUUAGGUACAUUGUUGAUGACUCGGUUGACCAAGAGUCAUCGUGUGCCUUGAGCCUACAUAUCAGAGUCCUGCUUCUUAUCUUACUAAAAGUGCCCAAAACCUACCGGUUCGACGAGAUAACCCUGGUGUCUUCUCUAAAAGCAAAAUUGAUGCAAAAGCGGCGCCUGAGAUUUUCAGACUUUUCUUCCAUCUUGCACCUGAUUGCGCAGCUCCAUUACGUCGAGCGAGUCUCAACCUCAGAACUCUCGGAGCUAGUGCAUCCACUGGUUCAGCAUGCAUGGUCAUAUCUCUCUGCCUCCGAGCCUAAGUAUCACGUGGAAACGGUCCGAUGUCUGUGGCAGCUUCAGGCUGCCCUUUCGUUAUCUCGCCGCGAUGUCGAAGCUUCGCUCGCGAGCAUCCUGGUCGACCAGAGUGCUGGCGGCUGUGCAGAUAUUGGGCGCGCUUUCGGUGUUCUUUGGUCACAGACUCUUCAGGACACACCAUCCGAUCGUCGAGGACCUAAGAUCCCUACAAUUGAAGCAAAGCUGGGUCAAAAGCUGAGUGCGACUGACCAUUAUGAGGUCAUGUUGACGCGGCCUCUAUUCCUCGUGCUAGACGGAUUACUAGACGACAGAACCCAGAUGUAUAUGACUGUCAAGUCGUGGCUCAACAGCAUGGUUGGCAUUGAUAGGCUUUUUCUACUCUUUGUUGUCAAGUUCGCAGAGAUCCCCUGUCUUCGAGAUGUCGGAAAGAAUGUUGAAGCCGAAAAGCCUCAGCCCGAAGCCCCCAUUUUCACCGAGGAUGACGAUAUCGACCUUUGCUUGUAUUACCUGAGGACCCUCCAUCACGUUUUGGAAUGCUCCGGAGAAACUUCAAGAGCAGUGCUAGUGUCCAAGCAUCUCUCGUUUAAUACUAUGGGCCAGGUGCAAAUAUCUACUGGCGGAGAUGAGGACGAUAUCACGCUGCAAGAUUAUUUUGUCAGAGUGUGUUUGGCUUGUAUCACUGGUGACGCUUCUGCAUCUGCUAGCGAUGACCUCAACCACAGGGUCUCCCAGCUGCAUCGUUACGCACUCACUGUUCUCCAUCACUUCCUCAUAAGCCACCACGCCGCCCCUCUAUACGAUCUUCAUCUCGACCACGUCCUAAUUGACAGAUUGAUGAAAUCUAUUGGAAGUUCAGACCCCUAUGUACAAGUCCUUUUGCUUGAAGUCGUCUUCGACGCUCUCAAGCUACAAGAAAUCGUGGCAGCGGAGCUUUCGAUGCAAUCGACGGCUGAAAAGCGGCGCUCAAGCGCGGAUCCUCUACAUGCGGUGCGAUUAUCCAUCUCUGCGGGCGACACAAGACCACCUCCCAUGAUAAUGCCACCUCAGCUACUCAAGUGCCUGCAGGCAGGCCUGAGCUCGACAAGCAGCCAGUUUGUCCUAGAUAACUGGGUCUCAUUUCUAAGCAGAUGCUUACCCUUUUAUUCUCAGUCUAUCUUCCAGAUUUUGAUACCCCUCGUUGAGACUCUAUGCAAGCAAAUUGGCGUUACGUUCUCGCACUUGAAAACCAUGUUUGAAGACGAAACAUAUGAAGUUAAGAGUGAGACUGGAACACCGGAAUCCACUUUAAUCUAUCUCCUGAAUGCCUUGGAGCAAGUCUUGGCGAAGGCGCAUGAUCAAUUACUAGCUGAAGAAGCCCAAGCGCUGGCCCUGAAGGGUCCCGACCAGCCUCAGUCAAUAUUUGGGAGCAUGGUGUCGGGUGUCUUCCAAUCGGAUGCCCCUCAAUCUCGAAGUGCUACAGCCAACGACCGCCUGACUGUUCACCUGGCCUUCCAAGAUGCUGUGCGCAUGUGCUUCUCUAUCUGGACUUGGGGACAGGGAGAUGAUGCUACUACACAGGACAUAAACUCGUCUGCCUCCUUCAACUACACGUCUCUGAGGAUGAGGAAUCGGGCAAGAAGGCUCCUUGAGCAUCUUUUUACGGCCGAGACGCUCGAAAGUCUGGAGACUGUGAUUGACGUUUGGAGGAAUUCAACAAGCGCCGCAGACCAUGCCACCGUGUUUAACUUCUUGGCAGCUUUGGACGCUGCAAGGCCAAGACAUUCGAUGCCAGCGCUUUUUAAUUCGAUAUAUAGCCGCACAAACCCGGCUGCGUUGGAGCCUUCCAGGAAAUCAACAAUGACAAUCUCGCUUCAGGACGCCGAUUUGGUCGUCUUUUUGGUCGAGUACGCUAGGUCGCUUGAUGACGAUGCCAUGGAUGAGAUAUGGCAAGACUGCAUUACUUUCCUCAAGGACCUUCUGAACAAUCCUUUCCCCCACCGGCAGACGCUUCCCAGUCUUUUAGAAUUUGCUGCCAUCUUGGGCGAGAAAGUUGACAACACCAAUUUUGGCGAGCAGCGAAAGAUGCGUAGGGAACUAGGAGACCUCUUCCUAAGGCUUCUUACUGCUCUCUUCACAACGAGACCAACGUUUGCUGAACCAACAACUUCUAAUGGCACGUCGGGGACGAAGCUCGUUAAAGGCGAGCUGGAACGUCGUGGCACGUUUCCUGGCGCUAUCGAGAGAUCUGACGAUGUCAUGGCCAUUCUCGCAUCAGUUGUUCCAAACUUGCCCAAAAUUCUUCUUGAACCCGACCGAGUGCUAUCCGCCGCAGGAACAAUAUCAACCAAUGUUAUUGGUCCAACAUUCCGCUCUAAAACAUUUCCGGAUUCUGUCUCUUCGAGCACCUUGAAGCUCCUGCAUGAGCUGUCAAGGCUGCAGAACAACCAAAAAACGUGGAAGAAGGACGUUGGCGACGCCUUCAACGAUAGCAAAUUCUUCGCAAUGAACCUGGCUUUAGUUCAGAAUGACUGGCUGCCAUUGCUGCGGCAGUGGACCGUGACGGACAAGGAGAGGAUACCGGAGAUAGUUGGCCGCAUCAGCGCACCCACCACUGCAGGAAUAGUAUUCGGAGUGGGCGCCACCUCUGCCCGUCUCGAGGCCGAUCGAAAGACGCAGCUGAACUUGCGGAGGAUCGCCACGCUGAUUCUUGCCUCUGCGGACGAUGCCUUUGUCACGGAUAUUCCCGUCAUUUUCGACAAGGUAGUCGAGCUAUUUGGAGCUACUUCGACGUCAUCUCCAUCAUCCACAACACGAGCCGAGGUCUACAUGGUCAUCAGGGCGCUGGUGCUGAAGGUUAGCCCAAUCCACCUCGCCAGGCUGUGGCCCGUGGUCAACGCCGAGAUUCACUCCGCCAUUUCUUCCAUCGUGGCUCCUGAUCACAGCACGGCGGCCGAAAUCUACGUAUGCUCGGCCAUAUUGCAGGCCUGCAAGCUGCUUGACCUGCUCAUCUGCGUUGCUCCGGAUGACUUCCAGCUCCAUGAGUGGCUCUUCGUCACGGAUACCAUCGAGGCCGUGUAUAGGUCGGCGACGUAUCAGCCCGUCGCCCUUGUAGAUGAAAUAUCGGAAGAGCUGGGUGCGACGUCUGCCCAGCUGACCGCCGUUACUAGCCACGACGAUGCCAUGACGGCGGCUCAGAUGGCGACGAGCAACAAUGGCUCGCGCCGUCUUCCACUUCUGGGCAUCGGCGGCAUCGGUGACGACGUCAGCUUUGAGAGGAAGGAUGAGUUGGUGGCAAAGGUUCUUAGGCCGUUCUUUGGCCAGCUUAGCAUCUUUGCCUUUGAGUCGACGUAUGCCAUGGGAGCGCUUGAUAGGGAGGCCUGUGUGGAGGCGCUGUUGAAGGAUAUUUUUGAUGAUCGCAGUAUGGUGAAGGCUCUGUAA